AUGUGUGUCCUUAAUAGUUUUCUCUCGGUGACCGCGGUUUUUGGAAACGCAAGCCUCAUUUUUGCGCUAGGAAAAACUUCAUCAAUUCCUUCUUCAACGAGAACUCUGCUUUGGUGCUUGGCGAUAACAGACCUCACCACUGGGGUACUAGGUCAUCCACUCUACAUCGCUGUAAUUUCAAAAGUUCGGCAAAAUUAUAGCUGCGAGAACGUUCAUGAAAUUUUGCUAGCAUUUUUCCUGAUACAAGUUUCGUUAACUGGUUGCUCAUUAAUGGCGGUGACUUUCAUCGGAGUCGAUAGAUUUCUUGCAAUUUAUUUGCAUCUUAGAUACAAUGAACUAGUCACUACAAAGCGAAUAGUCACCGUGGUACUUGCGUCGUCGACUUUUUCCCUGGCUACCAUUUUCAUAUGUGUCUUCUGGUAUUUUAAGGUUGGAGAAGUGGUUUUGCUUAUUGUUGCUUACUGCUCCACGAUUUUGCUCAGUAUCAUAUACAUUAAACUUUUUUUCUCGUCGCUCGUCAACACGCAGCAAGCAUAA